GGCAACCUUUCCCCUCCCCCUUCCCCUUCCCACCUCCUCCUCCUCCUCUUCCUCGUCGGCGACCUCAUCGACAAAUCUCGCUCGCUCCCGGCCGCGGAGGGGGGCUCCCCGCCCGAUCCACCCCAUAAAUACCCUCGCGCGCCCUCCGCCCCGCGUCUCCACCACUCGACGGCGACCUCGCCCUCCCUCCACGCGCUCCCCUCCUUCGCCGCUAAGCGUCCUCUCCCCGCACCUUCCGCGUGCCGACCUGCGCGCGCGGCUCCCCGGCGCACCCUCCACCGCGCCGGGGGGACAGCCAGCGGCACUCGCCCCACCCGAUCUCAUCUCUCCCGCGGGUGCCGGAGCUCGGGUCAUCCGAGAUGUGGGGCGGCGACUCCAAGCAGACGCUCAAGUCCCGGGGCGCCGGCGCCGGCGCGGCCGGGGCCCCCGCCAUGGGGGACGAGGAGUCCGACUACUUCCCGCCCACCCCGCGCAAGGACUGGUCCACGGGCCUGCUCAAGCUCGUCACCGCCACCGUCAUCUUCAUGGGCGGCGUCGUCCUGGGCCUCUCCGUCAGCGGCAGCGUCGCGCGCUACUACUACAACUCCUCCCACGCCGAGCUCUUCUUCCCGGCCACCACCUUCGGCUGCGACCCGCGGGACCGCGACUGCGGGAUGGGCCUCGCCUUCAAGGCCUUCGUCCACCCGCCGCGCCUCGCGCACUCCAUGACCGACGACGAGCUCUUCUGGCGGGCGUCGCUCGUCCCCAAGGCCGACGACUUCCCCUUCCAGCGGGUGCCCAAGGUCGCCUUCCUCUUCAUGACGCGCGGCCCAAUCCCCUUCGCGCCGCUCUGGGACAAGUUCUUCCGGGGCCACCAGGGGCUCUACUCCGUCUACGUCCACACCGUGCCGGACUACAAGCUCAACGUCUCCAAGAACUCGGCCUUCUACGGCAGGCAGAUCCCCAGCGAGGAGGUGUUCUGGGGAUCAAUAACUCUUGUGGAUGCUGAGAAGCGCCUGCUGGCCAAUGCUUUGUUGGAUUUCUCAAAUGAGCGGUUUGUGCUGCUCUCGGAGAGCUGCAUUCCUGUAUUCAACUUCCCCACCGUCUAUGAGUACCUCAUCAACUCGGCGCACAGUUUUGUUGAGUCCUACAACAUUGACACCCCUCAGUGUGCUGGCCGGUACAACCGCCGCAUGGCACCUCACAUCAUGGCAGAUCAAUGGAGAAAAGGGUCAGAGUGGUUUGAGCUUAACCGUGAACUGGCUGUCCAGAUAGUAGCAGACUACAAGUACUACUCAAUCUUCAGAAAGCACUGCAGGCCAUCCUGCUACCCAGAUGAGCAUUACAUACCAACUUAUCUUCAUUUGUUCCAUGGGCCCCUCAACGCAAACAGGACCAUCACAUGGGUUGAUUGGUCAAGAGGAGGCCCGCAUCCAGCAAGGUAUGGUGCUGCAGACAUCACAGAAGAGUUCAUCCAGGCCAUCAGGAAUAAUGGCACACAAUGCUUCUACAACUCAAAGCCCACCUCUGUCUGCUACCUCUUUGCGAGGAAGUUUGCUCCAAAUGCUUUGGGUCGGUUGAUGAACCUCACCUCGACUGUGUUGGACUUUUGAGUUGUUUUUGCCAUGCGCCGUCCUCGCCGUCUUCAGCAUUAUUCUAUUGAGGGAGGUAUCUAAUGAUGUGCAUGCCGGUCAGGAACUAGAGCUCCUUUACACUACUACAUUGGAGUUGGCGACAUGUGUCUCACUAUAGAUGGAUGGUCAGAGAUGGUUUUUGAUGGACGAUGGGUCUCUCGCGGAUAAUGCUGUGUGUGACAGUGAAAAUUGCUUCACUUGUCCAGGUUAUCCUGAAGCUGAGUCCCGAGAUAUGGACAAAUGGCAUUGCCAACGGAGAGGACAUUUCUUUCACCACCCAUUCUUUUUAAUAUAUCAUAGUCAUAUGAUAGAGGAUCGUUUUUCUUUUCUUCCUCCCCCUAUCUACUGUAAUGACUUGGUCAGAUACUAAUUUCUGUGAAUAUAACUUAUCAAUCAUUGCUUCACUUCAA